AUGUCCAUUUAUAAUUUGUAUUUUUACUUGUUUUUUUCUUCUUUCAGUCUGGUUUUCUCAGAUGAAGAUUAUUACCAGAGCAAAGCUUGUUGUACUUUUAAGGGUCAUGACUUUGAAGAUAUGGAGUUUAUCAUUACGGGUAUUUUCAACAAGAACGUUAUGAUGGAGUUCAACAGCACAAGAGGCAACUGGACAGGAUUCUCAGUCUAUUCAAGUGAUGUUGCGAAAAGUUACAAUAAUCCUGUGGACAAAGCUCUAAGAGAAAUUCAAAAAAAAAAACUGUGUUUUGACAACUUGGAGGCCAUCAAGGAGUUAGAUAACAUAGCAUUUACUCCGACCAUCAAACUGAAAUCUGUGAAGCAGUCUGGUGGUGGUCAUCCAGCCAUGCUUGUGUGCAGCGCUUUCGACUUUUAUCCAAAACAAAUCCAAAUGACGUGGUUGCGUAACCAACAGCAAGUGACCGCAGGUGUCAGUUACUCUGAAGUGAUGCCUGAUGGGGAUUGGUACUACCAGAGUAAUUCUUACCUGGAGUACACACCAACUCCUGGAGAAAAAAUUGCUUGUGUGGUUGAACACAUCACCCUCAGUAAGCCAGAGUAUGUGGUCUGGGACCCCUCCCUUCCUGUGGCAGAACGAAAUAAGAUCGUUGUUGGACUGUCUGGACUCUUGCUUGGUUUUGUUGCUGUGAUCUCUGGAUUAAUCUACUACAAGAAAAAAUCUGCUGGAUACAUUACUCUCUGCAACAGGCGAGUGCUGGUUCCUGUGCAACACAUCCCCGCUGAGGAAGCAACUUAACAGUCUGAACAAACAUGUCUUACCAUUCAAGAUUAUCAAAAUAUUGCAAUUCUGUGUCUCAGGUUUUGUUGUGGUCACUUUUAGGUUAUUGUUUGGAUGGUGGUGGGGGCUUUACAGCUUGUGCAGAUUUCUAGCGUAGGCUUCUUGAUCAUGGCAAAAUUAUGGAUGGAUGGAUGAUUAUGUGAUUUAAAAAUUACAAAUUGGUCAUUAACUUAAAACACAUCCUGCUGGCCAGGUCAGCUGCAGCUUCCGUUGCACCAGUGGUUCUCAAACUUUUUCCAUCAUGCCCCACUUUUGGGGAUGAAAUGUGUUGAUGCCCCAUGAGAGUCGAAGCUAGGGGGGUGUUGAAGCAACACAGCGGUUCUAUGUAAACAAUAGAUGGUGACUGUGGAGAAUUUUGCUAGUCGCUAUCCUCCCUGCUGCCGUAUGCUAACAGAUUUUCCCUGUUCCGCUGGGAAAAUUAAUCCCAUUCAACUUUUGUUCUGCAUUGCUUUUUUCCGAGAUCGUUUGCACCCCACCGGUAGGGCACAGUGAGAAACACUGCGUCACUGUAGAUGAAGGCCAGCCUAGACAUUUGAGGAUUUCUUGAAAACAAUCAUUGUGGGGGAUGGAUGGGAAUCUGUUUGAAGAGGGUCAGCAUCUAGUAGCAACCUCCUAAAUUGAACAGCCAUCACUGAUCAACUCCAGAAUUUUAAAAAAAAAGAAGAAAAAAGUCGGUUUGGCAGGUAUACAACUAGUGCAGAAAGGGUUUAAAACAGUUAAAAUAGCCAGGCCUUAGACACGUGGUACUUUUGGAUGUUCCCCAAUUUCCCAAGGGAGUUCCACAGCAGAGGAUUUUACACCACACUACAUGAGGCAACCUUCCCAUGUAUCCAGGCCUGAGAACGGUACUAGUAGCACACUAGGUCAUGACCCCCUGAGACUGGGUUUGUAUCUUCUCCUGGUCCCAGUGAUCACAUACACUACUUAUAAAGAAAACAGAUAUUUACUUGUGGAAAUCUUGAACAGAACUACAUGCACUAUGUGUAAAAGCUGUAGUGUUGAUUUUUGCCUUUAUUGCAUCAUCAUGGUGGCAAGUACCCAGUGAAGGCAGCCAGUGGCUGCCUAAAUACUAGUUCUUAGAACACAACCACCACUGAACUCUGCUUUCAUUUUGAUGGUAUUUACAUUCUUGUAAAGUCUUUCGUGAC